GGAAUAUCGGGUUUGAGCCGCUGAUCGUCGAAUUCGUUUGAGUGAUCAACAUUUAAUUAAUGAUGGCUACUACAAUUAAUUUCAGAGUUGGAACUCAAGUUUUUGUUGAGGACCCUGAGGUAGCUUGGAUAGACGGAGAAAUUGUGGAAACUAAUGGCGAAGAGAUCAAAGUUAAGUGUGCGUCAGACAAGAUGGUUGUGGUCAAAGCCUCCAAUGUCCAUCCCAAGGAUCCUGAGUUCCCUCCUGCUGGUGUGGAUGAUAUGACAAGGCUGGCAUAUCUGCAUGAGCCAGGGGUUCUCCAGAAUUUGCAAUGUCGGUAUGACACCAAUGAGAUAUAUACAUACACAGGAAAUAUAUUGAUUGCCGUGAACCCUUUUCAAAGAUUACCUCAUUUGUAUGGCCACGAUGUGAUGCAAAAGUAUAAAGGAUCAGCGAUUGGUGAAUUGAGCCCACAUCCUUUUGCAAUUGCUGAUUCUGCGUUUAGGAUGAUGUUAAAUGAAGGAACAAGCCAAUCAAUUUUGGUCAGUGGUGAAAGUGGAGCGGGCAAAACAGAGAGCACAAAGAUGCUUAUGCAUUAUCUCGCCUUCAUGGGUGGGAGAAAGGAGUCUGAGGGACGAUCUGUGGAGCAACAAGUUCUAGAGUCCAAUCCUGUUUUAGAAGCAUUUGGCAAUGCAAAGACAGUUAGAAACAAUAACUCAAGUCGAUUUGGGAAGUUUGUGGAGCUACAGUUUGAUCAGAGGGGGAGAAUUUCAGGAGCUGCUAUUAGAACUUAUUUGCUGGAACGAUCCCGCGUCUGUCAAGUUUCAGAUCCUGAGAGAAACUAUCAUUGUUUUUAUAUGAUUUGUGCUGCACCAGAAGAGGAUAUUAAAAGGUUUAAAUUGGAAAAUCCAAGAACGUAUCAUUACCUAAACCAAUCAAAUUUCUUCGAAUUGGAUGGUUUGGAUGAAUCCAAGGAGUACCUUGCAACUAGGAGAGCCAUGGAGGUUGUUGGCAUCACUUCUGAUGAGCAGGAAGCUAUAUUUAGAGUAGUAGCUGCAAUACUGCAUUUAGGAAACAUUGAAUUUGCCAAGGGGGAUGAGCCAGAUUCCUCUGAACCCAAGGAUGAUCAAUCCCGUUUCCACCUAAAAACUACUGCUGAACUUUUGAUGUGCGACGAGAGGUCACUUGAGGACUCCCUGUGCAAACGUGUCAUGGUAACACGUGGUGAGGCCAUAACAAAAUGGCUUGAUCCAAAUUUGGCAGCUCUCAGUAGAGAUUCAUUGGCCAAAAUAGUUUACUCAAAGCUGUUUGACUGGAUUGUGAAAAAGAUUAAUAACUCCAUCGGUCAAGAUCCAAACUCGAAGAACUUAAUUGGGGUUCUGGAUAUAUAUGGAUUUGAGAGUUUCAAGACAAACAGUUUUGAGCAAUUUUGUAUCAACCUGACAAAUGAGAAAUUACAGCAACAUUUCAACCAGCAUGUCUUCAAAAUGGAGCAAGAGGAAUAUACAAAGGAAGAGAUUAACUGGAGUUAUAUAGAGUUCAUUGAUAAUCAGGAUGUCCUUGAUCUCAUCGAGAAGAAACCUGGCGGCAUCAUUGCUCUUCUUGAUGAGGCUUGCAUGUUUCCAAGAUCAACACACGAAACAUUUGCCGAAAAGUUAUAUCAAACUUUUAAAGACAAUAAACGCUUCAGCAAACCGAAGUUAUCUCGUACUGAUUUCACCAUCUGCCACUAUGCCGGUGAUGUCACUUAUCAGACUGACUUGUUCCUUGACAAGAACAAAGACUACGUUGUUCCAGAGUUCGAGGCACUACUCAACGCUUCAAAGUGCUCCUUCGUUUCUGGAUUGUUUCCACCUCAACCUGAGGAAACUUCCAAAUCAUCAAAGUUCUCCUCAAUAGCCACCCAGUUUAAGCAACAACUUCAAUCUUUGCUUGAAACGCUGAAUGCUACUGAGCCGCAUUACAUUCGUUGCAUAAAGCCAAAUAAUCUUCUCAAGCCAAGGAUAUUUGAGAACACUAAUGUGUUACAGCAGCUUCAAUGUGGGGGAGUAAUGGAGGCAAUUCGGAUAAGUUGUGCUGGAUACCCAACUAGAAAGCAGUUUGAUGAAUUUGUUAAGCGGUUUGGAGUUCUGGCACCUGACGUUCUGAAAGGAUGCCCUGAUGAGAGGACUGCUUGCGUGAAGCUGCUAGGACAAGUAAAUCUUGAAGAUUAUCAGGUGGGCAAGACUAAAGUAUUUCUGAGAGCAGGACAGAUGGCAAAACUAGAUGCAUGUCGUGCUGAGGUCUUAGGACGAUCUGCAACCAUUAUUCAGAGUAAAGUCCGCUCAUUUUUUGGUCACAAAAAAUACGUUUUGUUGCGGUUUUCUGCCAUACAAAUACAAACAAUCUGUAGAGGAGAACUUGCGCGCUGUCUGUGCGAGAAAAUGAGGAGGGAAGCUGCUUCUGUAAAAAUUCAAAAGAAUGGGCGCAUGUAUAUUGCUAAAACAUCUUAUAAAACUUUGCGUGCCUCAGCCAUUUCCAUUCAAACCGGUAUGCGAUGCAUGGCUGCUAGAAAUGAGCUCAAGUGCAGAAGGCGAACGGAAGCUACAAUUGUUAUCCAAAGUCACUGCCGUGGUUAUAUAGCCUACGUCCAACUCCUGAGGCUAAGGGAAGCAGCAAUAAUUAUACAGUGUGUCUCGAGGGGACAAAUGGCUCGUAAAGAACUUCGAAAGCUUCAGAUGGCUGCUAGGGAAACCGGUGCUCUCAAAGCUGCCAAAGAAAAACUUGAAAAGGAAGUUGAAGAAUUAAAAUCUUCUCUACAAAUGGAGAAGAAGAUUAUGACUGAUGUCGAACAAGAAAAUGCAAAAUUGCAAUCUGCCUUGGAAGAGACUAAGGAGGCAAAUUCAAAAUUGCAAUCUGUUUUGGAGGAGAUUAAAGAGGAAAAUGCAAAAUUGCAAAUUUCCUUGGAAGAGACGAAGGCAUCUCUCUUUCAGGAGCGCCAGGCAGCAAAAAAUGUGGGUGAGCCAAAUACUAAUACAGAAGAGUGUCCUGUUGUUGAAAUGAUGAUCAAGAAGUUAACAACAGAAAAUGACCAUCUCAAGGCACUGGUUAAGUCACUGGAAAAGAAAGUUGAUGACGUUGAGAGGAAAUCCGUGGAAAGUGAAGGCAAGCUUACUCAAGACCAAGAUACUAAAACAGCGUCCGUUCAAGAACAUGGCGCAGCAGGCAAAGCAGCUGAUUUAUUCUCUGGUAUACGAGAAUUUCCAGUUGGUGACAAUGAAAUGAACAAUAACCUUGCGGCAGAGAAUGAAAAUCUCAAGGCGCUGGUCAAUUCAUUAGAAAAGAAAAUUGAUGAAACUAACAGGCUUAGUGACGAGCGCUUGAAGCAAGCAUCAGAAGCUGAAACAAAAGUAAUUGAGCUGAAGAUGGCUAUGCAGAGGCUUGAAGAAAAACUAUCUGAUAUAGAAACAGAGGAUCAAAUUUUGAGGCAGCAAGCUCUACUGAGUUCAUCUUCUAGGCGAAUGUCAGGACAAUUAUCAUUUUCUAAUUCUCAGCCGUCAGAGAAUGGUCAAGAUGAUGCGAGUGGUACACCGAGAAAAAAAUUUGGGACAGAGGCUGAUAAAGAGUUGAGGAGAUCUCAAGCUGAAAGACAACAAGAGAGUCUAGAUGCUCUUCUGAAAUGCGUUGCAGAAGCAAACCUUGGGUUCAGUGAAGGGAAGCCGGUUGCAGUUUAUACCAUUUAUAAGUGUUUGCUACACUGGAGAUCUUUUGAAGCAGAAAAGACAAGUGUAUUUGAUCGUCUUAUUCAGUUGUUUGGUUCUGCUAUAGAGGAUCAGGACAAUAAUGAUCACAUGGCUUAUUGGUUAUCCAAUACGUCUGCAUUGUUAUUUCUUCUUCAGCAAAGUCUCAGACCACCUUCAGCACAGAAACCUCCUCCCCCCGCAACAUCUUUUUUUGGAAGGAUUUCCCAAAGUUUUCGUUCAUCUACUGCUGGUACUGCACUUGAUACAAUUCGCCAAGUUGAUGCCAAGUAUCCAGCUUUGCUUUUCAAACAGCAACUUACAGCAUAUGUGGAAAAGAUUUAUGGAAUUGUUCGAGAGAAUUUGAAGAAGGACUUGUCACCUCUGCUUACUUCUUGCAUUCAGGCACCUAAAACAUCAGAGCAAAGCCAAUCAGAUGAACAGUCAACUGAUAAUAGCGCCCCAGCUGCUUCUUGGCAGAACAUCAUUGAUUGCCUUGACAAAUUUCUCAAUAUGAUGAAAGAAAAACAUGUGCCUCCUGUUCUGGUUCAGAAGAUAUUGACCCAGGUUUUCCAGUACAUCAAUGUGCAACUCUUUAAUAGCCUCCUUUCAAAUAAAGAAUAUUGCACAGUUACCAAUGGAGAAUUUCUAAAAUCGGGGUUGGAUGAAUUAGAGAAAUGGUGUAGUGAAGCCACAGAAGAGUAUGCUGGUUCAUCUUGGGAUGACCUCAAACACGUGAGGCAAGCAGUUGGAUUCUUGGCCAAAAAUGAGAAGACCACAAUAUCCUAUGACGAUCUCACUAACGAUCUGUGUCCUAUCCUGAGUGUUCAUCAGCUUUACAAAAUCUGUUUACUUUACGGGGAUGGCAGUGAGAGUGAACAAUGCGUAUCAACAGAUGUCACCACCAGGUUGAAGCUUCUAAUGACAGAUGAUGCAAAUGACGACAGCGACUCCUUCAUGUUGGACGAUAAUUCAAGUAUCCCAUACUCAGUUGAUGAGAUUUCUAAUUCCCUUCAAGGAAGUAACUCAUUGAAAGUACAAGCGCCAGCAGAACUUCUUAGCAAUUCAGCUUUCCAAUUUUUACAUGACUGAGGCCGUGGUUUUAACACUUAUAGUCCUCCUCUGAUGCAUCUUACCUUUCAAGAUUCAAAAUCUCUUUCCUGGUCAGACGCCAAGCUGUAAAUCCAUCCACCUUAAUUUUUCCUAUAAAAUUUCUCCGUAGCAUUUGUUGCCCACACUGUAAGAUAUUUUCUCAGUUAGUAUUGUAUAGCAUACUAGGCUGUUUCCGUAGUUAAAAGGGUGGGAUAGGUUUCAUGUUGCCA